UUGUAACAAUAAGUAUAAUUUGUUGGCAAGAACCGCUAAUACAAGAUUAGAAUCCAUGUUUAAGAGAUUCCAGGUUUUUUGUGCUAGACACGCGUCGUCAACCAGUCAACCACUCCGUAUACUUUAGGUUAUUUCACGCAUACUCGUACAUACAUUACACACAUAUAUUACGCUUCAACACAUUUUUACAUCAAAGUAUCUAUUUCACAUGACGCGUAUUUAGCAAUACGCUUAAAUAAUACCAACCAAUCGAUUUAUUUCUGUUGUAUUGUACAACAGAAGUCCUGAUCUGUUAUUGGUCAGGCUUGUUACGCUUUAUGCGCAUUUAAUGCAAAGUAAGUGCCAUGUAAAAUGGAAUUUUCAGAAUAGCGUACAUUCUAGUAAUUUACUAGAAUACGCAGUGUGCCUAUUCUAGCUACUCACUAGGUUACGUAGGUUACGCUUACGCAAGUUACGCUCCAUGUAACGGCACCCUAACUUGCGUAAGCGUAACCUGCGUAUUCUAGUAACUUACUAAAAGUUAGCAUAAAGUUACGCUAUUCUGAAAUUCGCCAUACCCGUGGGGCGUACUUUUCCGAAUUGUGUGAAAUGCGUAACGUAACAAUCAAUCACUAUUUAGAGUUUCUGUUGUAUACAGCUACAUGAAUUUGUGAUUGGUUUUCGUACUCUACGCGUCUCGAAAAGUACGCGUCAUGGGGAUUCGGUACUGUGUCUAUGAGUGUGCGUGAAGCGGAAUGUAUGUGAUGUCUUGUGCUUUCCUCAGAAUACGUAAAAAGUGAUAUCGUAGACUAUUCUAAAAGAAACAUCCUGGAUGGCACGGUGUUCCGCGAUUAUAAUAUCUGCAAGAAUAUUCUACGUCCGGUUGUCGGUCUCCGGUUUGGAUUACGACGACGAGAACGCAUAAAGGAUAUCGAGAGCCUGGACAAACAUCCCAGGAAACCCAACGAUAUCCCAUCAUACUUUACCUCUAAAUUUACAGACCAUUAUUCGCUAGAAAGUUAAGUUCUAUCCUGUCACACGCAAUCGGCGCAGUCACGAUGGUGAGAGCUUGCUGUAUUACAAACUGCAAGAAUAUUUGGCGGCCAGACAGCGAUAUCACGUAUCAUGCAUUUCCUUUACAAGAUAGAAAGAGACUCGCACAAUGGAUGUCUGUCAAACAUUUACAAAAUAUGAAAAUAACAUCUACAAAAUAUAUUUGUAGUGCACAUUUUACUACAGAAUCUUAUGAAGAGCACUGUGCAAGAAAAAGAUUAAAAAAGGAUGCAGUGCCUUCUAUUUUUAAAGAUAUUUUUGACACAAUAGAUGAUGUUUCAAUAAGAGGAAGAGAUGCACUAAAUGAAUUUGAUAAUGUACCUGAAAUAUCAAUGGAUGAUUUGAAUAAGGUAGUUAAACCAACAUCAACAUUGUUGUGCAAAGAACAAUGUACCAGAAAAUUAGAGGCAUACGAUGAUAGUGAACUUAUGAAAAUACAUAAGAAAAGGAAAGGUUCUGCAAUAUCUGUACUUGUGGAUACUAACCAGAUGGAAACAGGACGAGAUAUUGAUGUUACACAGUUAAAAUUACUUAACGAAACAGCUACUGAAAAUAUGGAAGAAAAACUUAAUUCUGCAUCUUCUGUAGCACAAUCAUCUUCCAAAGUUUCCGAAGGUACUGCAGUAUCUCCUCGCAGGAUUUAUUAUUCACCGGAAAAGGUUAAAUUAAGAGAAGAAUUACGUAGAUUGAAGAAACACUAUCAAUCACAGGUUCUAAAACAGAAAGUUCUAAAACAAAAAACAAGAUAUAUGCAAAAGAAGAUAGCUAAUAUAAAAGCAGUGUUUGCACAUUUAAAGAAAAAAAAGUUUCUACAAGAAGAACACUUUGAUAUUUUAAAAGAUAUUGCAGCAGGAAAUGACAAUUUACUUAAACGAAUAAUUGAUAAAUCAAAAGGAAAAUUACUCACUCGUAAGGUUUCACCUGUAUUACGAACGUUUGCCUUAACGCUGCAUUAUUACUCACCCUGAGCAUAUUCGUAUGUCAGAGAAAUUUUCAACUCAUGCCUUCCGUAUCCAAAAACUAUGUAUAAAUGGUACUUGUCUGUAGAUGGUGAACCCGGUUUUAGUAAGGAAGCCUUAGCAUAUAUUAAAGAACGUGUAAAAAAUUCGAAUUAUAAGUUACUUGGUGCUCUAAUGUUAGACGAAAUGGCAAUAACAAAACAAUAUGAAUAUGAUGGAAAAACGUUUGUAGGCAAUUGUGAUGCUGGCAAUAACAUUCCGAGUGAUGAAUGUGCUAUGGCAAAAGAAGCGCUUGUAGUUUGGUUGUCGGCAUUAAUGAGUUAUGGAAAAUACCAGUUGCAUAUUUUUUGAUUGAUGAAAACAUGAACGGCGAGCAAAAAGCAAAUUUAAUUAUUCAGUGCUUGUCACUCUUACAUGAUUGUGGAAUACAUAUAAAAACUGUAACAUGUGACGGUGCACCAUGUAACUUAACGUAUUUUUUUAUCUUUGUAAGGUUUUUUAGAGGGAUUUAUAUGUAUUAAAAUAUUUAGUUGUAUAAAAAUAUAA